AUGGCACAACCGACUGCGUCGAGCAGUCAUGCAGCAGCAGCGAUGCCGGCUGCACCCCCUCUAAGUUUGACCCCCGCUAUCAUGAGCAAGCUGAAACCUGCGAAGAUCUUCAAGAACUCUGUAGAUCCUCAAACACCGCCAUCUCCAGGAAAUCACUCAGCGAGGGGGCAAAAUGCGGGCCCGAGACAUAUAACCGGAAUAAGUUUCGAUGACAGAGGAGACCAGGUGAUGACAGCGGCAGAGGACGAGACGUUUCGACUAUACAACUGCAAAUCCGGCAAACCAUUGAAGACCCUCUACUCUAAAAAGUACGGCGUGGAUUUGCCUCGCUUCACACACAAAAACACUGCCAUUAUUCACGCGUCCACGAAAGAGGACGACACUAUCCGAUACCACUCGUUACACGACAAUAAGUACCUACAGUACUUCAAGGGUCAUAAACAAAAGGUCGUGUCGCUGGAGGUGUCCCCCGUCGAUGAUGGAUUCAUGUCUGGCUCAUUGGACAAGACAGUACGUCUGUGGGAUCUACGUACACCCACUUGCAGAGGACUUCUGAACCUACCAUCUUCCCCCAUCGUUGCGUACGACGCGUCUGGCCUUGUCUUCGCGGUCGGUGUUAACCACUACUCCCGAAUAUUGCUCUAUGACCAGGCGAACUUCGACAAGGCGCCGUUCCUCGCGAUCGCCCUAGAAGACCCGACGCUCUCCCUUGUCAGUUUCCCUCCCCGAGCUAUCUUCAUGACCUCUCUCUCCUUCUCUAGCAAUGGGAAGUAUCUCCUCGUCGGCUGUUCUGGCGACGCACACUACAUCAUGGAUGCAUUCGAAGGACAUCUACUUGCAAAGUUGGAGGGUCACACUGGGUUGGAGCGGAGGAAGAUGAACAGCCCUUUAAGCAUAGAGCCUGUGCGAGGCAAUAGCGGAGAAGAGGUGUCGUGGACACCAGACAGCAAGUACAUUGUCGGCGGUAGUUUGGAUGGGAAGGUGUCCGUGUGGGACGUCUCAAGCCUCCCGACGAAAAGCGGUACUGUGGAUCCGAAGGCGCCGCCUUUACGGUUGCAGCCCAUAGCAGCUUUGGAGGGGCACCCUGGUCCCUCUAGGUGCGUGAAGUUUAACCCGCGCUUCGCUAUGAUGUGUACCGCUGGUGCCGAACUAGCGUUUUGGCUUCCUGAUCCGUCUGGUGACCCAGAAGAAGUUGCCAAAGAGCUUCUGAAACGGAAAGUAGGUUGA